AUAUCUCACUCCUUCUCGAGUCGCGAGACUCUGCGUCUUAGACUGCUGCCAAUAAGCAUACCACCUCUUCGACGAGCUCCGCGGCCCGCGUAAGCAGACUUGAGCUGACUUCGACGUCGACUUCCUACGUACCAGUUCCUGCAUAUAUCAAAUCUGCAACCUUUUCCACAUUCUCUAUCUAUUCAGCCUCUGCAACAACCUAAAAAGCUUCACCAUAACAACGCCUUUCAACCCCUAUCUUUCGGUGCCCAUCAUAACGGACCGCCUCACUACAACUCAGGUCACUCUGGAUUGCCUUCUCCACCUCUACGAAGCCUCUACAUCAAGCGCACAGCAUCACAAACGCCACUAGUCGAUGAAUCGCCGCAGAACAAUCUUAGCUUCAAAGAAGAAAUGUGGCAGAAGAUUGCACCGGAGAUGGGUGUUCCGUGGCGCUCUGCUGUUCUAACUAAACGCUGCUGCCACGGCUGGACUAGAGGCUGCGUCUACUUCACUCUCAUCCUAAAACUCAGAGUCGGAAAGAUCCGAAGCACCGUGUAUAAGACUUUGAAUCUUUACUACUAGAGAACCGACCAGAUCGCACGAUUAAUACGGACGAGGAACAGCUGAAAAUCACAUUCACUGCUCUCGUGGAAAUUCUGUCUGGAGAACUUCGUUG